CCUAAAUUUGCGUGCGUUUGUUGGCACGUUUUUAAACUAUGAUGGAGUGGGUCUCCGUAUUUUACAAUUGGGUUGUUUAAUUGUUACUACUAGUUUAUUACUCAGCGACCUGUAUCAAAUAACUUGUAGUACCUACGUUUUGGUUUAAAGUCUGUAGUUGUAUGUUGAGUUGCGUGAAGUUAAUGUGUAACCCCAUCCAAAACAAAAUGCUUGGGCAUUUCUGAUCUUAAUGUUUGGAUCUAUUAAUGCAUUGUCAGGAAGGAUCUUAGGCCGCACGAACUAAAUUUUCUAAAUGAAGCCCGCUGAUGUUUUAGUUACACCUGCUUCUGAACCAUUGCUGUCACAGAAUGUGGCUGGAUUUGUGUGUGGUGGCAUUUCGGGAACCGUUUCCCGAACAGUUACUGCACCUAUGGAUCGUUUAAAAGUCCUCCGACAAAUGGAAAUCCCAGAAAUCGUAGGCAAAAACAUGGUUUCAAGCUUGCGUAUAAUGAUCAAAGAAGGUGGUAUUCUAUCAUUAUGGCGAGGUAAUGGGGUGAAUAUUUUAAAAAAUUGUCCUGAAAGCGCUAUUCGUUUUGGUCUUCAUGGAUGGCUUAAGUCGGUAAUUUUUCCAAAUGUGAAAGGACCAUUACCUCCAGAAGAUCGUUUAUUGGUAGCUAGUUUGUCUGGUGCCACAUCGUUAACAAUAACGUAUCCAGUCGAGAUUUUAAAAACUCGAAUGGCUCUCCGUAGGUCUCAUGAAACUAAUUCCAUAUUUCCUGUAAUCCGCAAACUGUAUAGCGAGGGUGGUUUCCGAGGAUUUUAUCGAGGUUACAAAAUCAGUAUGCUGAGCUACGUGCCAUAUUCUGCAAUGGAGUUAUGUCUUUAUGAGAUGCUUAAACAGCGUUAUAUAGAGUAUCAUUAUUUUCGUCAACCUAACACUGACCGUACAACUAAGGUUCAUAUGCCGGCUAUGGUAACCAUUCCAUUAAUUUUAAUAUCUUGCUGCAUCCCAAUGCUGAUUACUUAUCCAGCCAAUUUACUCCGUACACGAUACCAAGCAUCAUCAUCUCCGUGUGCUGCUCCUGUUAUCAAAUCUUUGUGUUCUAUUGUACAAAGAAAUGGGUUUAAAGGGCUUUAUCGUGGAUUAAGUGCUAGUUUGUCAAAAACUGUACCAUCUGUUUGUGUUACUUACCUUGUUUUCGAAUUUACUUGUGAAUUAUUUGGUGUUCCUGGACUUGGUUGUAAGUAAUUGAGUGAUGGAAGCUAAUUCUCAAUUUCUAGGGAAAUCAAUACGAUAAACAUAUUGUGUAUUCAUCAAUUUGUAUUUUUAAUUUUUCGUUGGCGAAAAAAUUUUCAGUUGCAUUUGUUUAUCCUUUCAAUUAACCAAAACUUGAAAUCGAUCUUGUUUUUCAAUUAUAAUGUUGACAUUGAAAUGUCUUUCAGAAUGUCUUAAUUUAUAUUUACCAAUCAAUAUAGACAAACGAUUUUUGUACUGCAACUGUAAUUUUUCUAGAAUAUGAUUUAGCUGAUUAAUAUUAUGAGUACUAUCAUUCUCUCUCUUCUCCCUUCAUCAUUUUCUUUACACUCUUUAUUCUUGAAUUUGUUUUUAAUUGUACAAUAAUGAGUCCUCGGUGAUUAUCAGUUAUUCUUAUUCUGCUUUGUCGCUGUUUUCAGCACAAAAACCUUUCCUUUCUUUUCCUGUAAGCUUGUCAGUUUUUGUCUUCUGUGGUCAGUCACUGUAUUAGUUGCCUUUAGUCAGUCACUUUUCUGAGUUUUUAUUGCGUGUUCAUUUUGAGGAUAAAAAGUCAGUAUUUGUACCAAACAAUUUUUCGUAUCUACAAAAAAUGGUAUUUAGUUUUCUCAAGAUUGCUACAAUUAUAUUUAUAUUAGUAACAGUAAAAUGUGUAAAUAAAAUAACUAUUUAUAUAUUUAAAAUUCUGCCCUGAUUCUCCAUGAAAUUCACGUUAGCAGUGUAGAUUGUUGAAAAUAAUAUUUUCAAUUUUCGGUGUAAUAUUGUCAUUAAGUAGUUAUUGUGUCACUUUCAACUUGAUGACCAGUUAUAAUUAUCAUCUUCCAUAAAAACAUGUGGCUCACACAUGAUUCAAUUAUUAUGUGUGUGAUAAAUAUGUUGUAUUAGUUAAUUUCAAA